GAAACAAUGCUUUUUCACUAGCGUCCUUAUUGCUCGUACAAAGAACCAAAGGACACUCUCAUCCAUGGCAGAUCAUCAGAGAAUCUAUCCCAUGGAAGCCACAGAAGCACCACCACCUUCACCACCAACGGCGCCACUGAUGCUGCCAGGCUCAUCAAGAUCGGAAAAGAGUGUUCCGGUGAUGGCACAGCAACACCCUGCGUUAAUACAACAUGCUAGGCCUGUAAUCCACCCACCUAAACCAAAGAGAGGUUGCUUUUGUAAAUGCAUAUGCUGGACACUAGUCUUGCUUAUAAUCCUACUCAUCAUGUUGGGAGCAACUGCAGGAAUCAUCUACCUAGUUUUCAAACCAAAGCUUCCCAAUUACUCAGUAAACAGCCUAAGGAUAAGUGAUUUGAGGUUGAACUUUGACAUGACUCUGUAUGCAAAGUUUGAUGUGAAGAUUACAGCGAACAACCCAAACAAGAAGAUUGGAAUUUACUAUGAGAAAGGAGGAGGGUUGAGUGUGUGGUACUCAAACACUCAACUUUGCGAAGGAUCAUUACCUGAGUUUUACCAAGGCCAUCGGAACAAAACAGUACUUGAUGUGUCCUUGACCGGUCAAGUGCAAGCUGGAAGCACUUUAAUGGCAGCACUGCAGGAACAGCAGCAGACAGGGCGUGUUCCUUUGGAGCUUAAGGUCCACGCACCAGUAGCCAUUAAACUCGGGAGGUUGAAGCUGAGAAAGGUCAGAGUCUUGGGUGAAUGUAUGUUGACAGCAGAUAGCUUGUCUGCUAAUAAUCCGAUAAGCAUCAAGGCUAGCGACUGUAAAUUCAGAGUCAAACUUUAAGUUUUAUACACGAUGAUGAUUUCUGCCUUGUUCCCUGCAUUUUACCCUACAGUGGCAGCCUCUCACGUUGCCUUGAAGGAUUUCUUCUGUGUCUGCAUUAGAAGAUCUAUUCUUUUUCUGAAUAAACGUUAUCA